UGUUUACAUGGUAAAGUUCCCAGUCAGUCAUGUUCGGAUCUCUAGCAAUCAUUUGUGCAAGAUAGCUUUGGACUUUAGGAAGAUUGUACAGAACGACAACGUAUUUGGGUAUCGGGGGAUUCGCAAUGACAGAAUGCGCGUGUAUGAGGAGGGCUACUGUCUCCCCUUGCACAGAUAACUGCUAAUCGUAACUAGACGGAAUAUUUUCACCUUACCAACUUACAUUCAAUACCACUAAUGUAAAUUUUUGGGUUUAUUAUGAAGAAGCUAAUGGACGCGAGUGAUUAGAAAGUUUGGUAGAUAAUCUAGAAAGUUUGAGCGAAUCAAACACAGAAUGACUCCUAAAAAAAUUAGCCAGCAUUGUGUUUUGUUUGAUUUAAUUAAAACAUAAACUAGAUUCGAUAUAAGCCUAUAACGUUACAAAAAAUCCUCCAAUCAAAUGGGAAUGUCAUGUUCACUCUGCUCAAAACGGUACCUUAGCCUAAUUGGUGAAUUACUUUCCAAAAUUUUAUGAGUUCAAAUCGUCAAUAUGAAAUUAGGCUUAUCCAGCAUAUUGUUUCUCUUUUUCAUUGUUUUAACAUUGCCGACUGUCAACUUGGUAAUGGUCACUGGUCAGUGCACCAGUGAAAAAUAUUAUUGUCAUAUUUGUGUGUCAGUCAAGAUACCAUUCAUCAAACGAAUUGUAAAAUGGACAAAUUUUGAAUGUGUAUUUUGAUAUCUGACCUCAACGAUUUUAGUUGAAUUCAGCCGAAUUACUCAAUAAAUAAAAAACUAUGUAGCCUACCAUUACCAGACAAGAUACCCUCGAUAAUUCGGCCGUGAAUGGUUGUUUUCCAUAGUUAUUGGCAAUCACUGAUAUUCUCGCAAAAUUCAAACGCACGAAUCGCAAACGUUUUUCACAAGCCUGAGACUUUCGUUUCUCCGCGAAAUUUAAGCUCAAAGUCACAUAAACGCGUGGCAAGACGACUACUUUACAUGAGCAAAGCUGUUUGUGAGCCUUGAGCCAUCGUUGUGAAAUGUGGUGUUGAAGUAGCCAUCUGUGGAAGAAUUAAAAUAUUCUAUCUGGUCAAGUGUUACUUGCUACGUUGUGUUAACUUAUAUGUCUUUGUCGCAUAUUUAAAAUGAUGUCAGAAAGGCAGCCAUUGCAAAUUUUGGACGACAAUAAGCAAAAUGGACAAAAACGUAUCCAGCCAUCUCGAGCUGCUAAAACGAGUCACAAAUGGUUUUCAUCAAGAAAUGAUAAAUGCGUUGGGAAAACAGCAUACGGAAGGAACGAAAUGGGAUGUUCCUACAUGCAAUCAAAUGAGAAGGAAAAUCAGUGUACAAGUGGCAAACCGAUAAUAUGUCACCUGAACAAGUUCUUCAGCAAAUCAGAACAAACCAACAGUAAAGAUUCAUCUCGAGUCAUCAGGCUUCCGUUACAGGCAUUAACGGUACCUUCAAUGAAGCCGUUAGGCUAUUUCCAUUCCGCGACAGAACGAAACGAAAGUGAAAAUACGUCCAACAAAAUCUCAUUUUUUCCGCCAAUACCAAAAAGUCCAAUUGAUAGUGAUAAUUCGAUGUCCAUUAGCUUGGACACUAUUUCUGAAACAUCAUUCUUGGAUUGUGAAGAUACCGAAAACAAAACAAACGAUUCGGCAUUCUUUUCGUCGACUCAAAGUAGUAUACCAUUCGUCGAUUCACAGGAAUUUGAAAGUGAGAGCGGAAGCCAGCCAUUCAGCUUGGCCAAAUGUACGAUAAGCAGACCUUCUAGCCCUGCUGAUAGCACAACCGAUGUGGUAGAUGAAUACUUUCCUGACAUUUUAUCAUACAUGAAAGAAGCUGAAAAUCGAUAUCGACCACGCGGUGACUUUAUGCAACGCCAGCCAGAAAUAAGUUCUACCAUGCGGACGAAAUUGGUUGAUUGGUUAAUCGAAGUUCAGGAUGAGUAUAAACUCGAAAAUGAAACAGCUUCACUAGCAGUUGCAUACUCUGAUCGAUUUCUUUCUAUGAUGUCCGUUACCAGAUCUAAGUUACAACUUCUCGGCACAACGGCGAUGUUCGUAGCUGCAAAAUACGAAGAAAUUUAUCCGCCCGACUCGGACGAGUUUGCUUACGUUACUGCAGACACUUACUCAAAAUCUGAAGUCCUGUUGAUGGAAAGAUUACUACUUCGCGUUCUUGGAAGCAGCCUGGCCGUACCAACAGCAAACCAGUUUGUCGGACUCCUGCUUCACAAUUCUAACGCAACUAUCCAAUUUCGCUCAUUUGCAACGUAUCUAUCUGAAAUAACAAUGUUAUACGAUCGAUAUCACAAAUAUUCAUACUCAGUUCUUGCAGCUUCGUCUAUUUCCGUAGCAAGUUUCCUGGCAAAGAAUUUUUCAUCUCUUCUCGAAAACGGCUCCAAGGAUAUUAUUCAAGGAAAAGGUGUUGAUAAAAUUACGAAAGAUUUCUGUAAACUGCACUCAAAUCCUUGCAAAUUAUCAUCGAUUGUUCGAGCCUACAUGGAAGAUUAUCAUGACGAGAUAUACGCUUGUUCUUUGGAACUGUUUAUCAGUCACAAAGAAAUUAACUCAGCGCCUCAACAAUUUGUGAAAGAAAAAUAUUCCAGUAAAAAACAUCACAAAGUUGCACUUAUCCCGUCUUUCUCUGUUUCUGAGUGUCAAGAGUCAGGAGUUGUUACUCCUUUCGUGUUUGAUCGUGAAGUUUUGUUGUCUAUUUGGACGUGAAUUCCGAACCUAAUGGUUACAAUCUGGUCCAAUCGAUAUAACAUCUUUCCGAAGAACAAAUCAGGCUCGAUAUCAUCAGGAGAGCUUGGAUUUCAACAACCCUCAAAGUAGAUAUUGCCAAGACUAUGUUCAAAGUAUAUAUAAUGAGAGAAGAUUCAAUAAAUGCAUGCAUAUUUUUUUACCGGAUGCAGCACACGAUAAACUAUACAGAAGUAGAGCAUCAAAUAGUAGUAUUCAGUGCGCUGCACCUGUGCAUAAUUUUAAUAACAAAAUUAGUGUUGUGAAAAUCGCAGUCGGUGUUACGAAAAUUUCGUAAUAAAUUAUUCUGCGCUUUUAAUAGAGCGUUUCGCCUAGAUUCGAGAUUCACUGCAUAUUAGUCGCAUUAAUCAAUAUCAAGGUCGUUUGUGUAUACGCAGACAUUUUUGAGAUCUGUUGACCGGUUAGUCAAUUUUGUUUUAUUACUGACUGACUUGCUAUAAUUAGCGGGAAGUUUUUCUGCUUUGUG